UGUAGACACGUCGUUUCGCUAUCCAAUCGGACGAGCCAGCGUGGCGCAGAGGCAAAUCUUCUGAUAAGAUUCGAACGAAUCAAUUAGUCAACGCAAAAAUCAGCUGCUUCGGCAGUUGAAGGCCGAACAUUCUCCGCAGUCAUCAAACUGCACCCGAACAGACAAUAAAGGCUCGAUAGUGUAUAUUGCCCCUCUAUAAAAAUUCCGAUACCCAUCGGAAGGAGGCCACUUAUCAACCAGAGCUUGUGAAACACCGAUCAGCAGCGGAAGUAGCUUCGGAGACGCCAUGAGCCAAAUCGAGUUCGACGCCGGUCCGUACGAGGAAGAAUCGGAGCAGGACUUUGGUCGGUUCAAGUUCAACGCCCGAUUCCAAGAGUACAACGGACUUCGCAGCCGCUUGAUGACCUUCGACGCCGUGGCCCAGUGGAGUGGACCCAAGGUGAGCCUGCUGGCGGAAGCCGGAUUCUUCUACACCGGCAUCCGGGACGUGGUCGCGUGCUUCUACUGUGGGCUGCGGUUGGCCGAGUGGAAGCAGAGCGAGAGUCCCUGGUGGAUGCAUGCCUUGCACGUGCCGGAAGACGGUUGCGACUAUCUGAGCCACAUGAAGGGUAAGCGGUACGCGGAAAGUCGAGGACGGCGGCCGAGUUUGGCGGAACCAAAGUGGUGCUUCGAUGCGGACAGGAACGACGGUGGGGAUUGGGUUCCCUGUGCGGACAAGUUGGCUUGCGCGUUGUGCCUGUGGGAAGAGUGGAUGACGCCGGCUGGACUGAACUGAUUAGAGUGGAUUGAGUGAUAACAGAUCAUUAGGAUAGUUUGUAGUUGUUUUUUAGUAUUUUAGAACCGUAGAUAACAAGAAAUAAAAGUUUGAAACGACUUCGCUAAUUGAAA